GGCCGGGAGGGGGAUUCAGCCGCGAUGCAGGGACUGGGGCUGCUGUUCUGUGCCCUCCUCUGGGAGGGGGGCAGAGGGGCCUCGGGCGGGAACGAGGAGCUGCGGCUGUACGAGAAACUCUUCGCCAACUACGACAAGAACACGCGGCCGGCGAGACGCCCCGACGACACGGUGCCGGUGCAGAUAAUGCUCACGCUGACCAACCUCAUCUCCCUGAAUGAAAAGGAGGAGACUCUGACCACCAAUGUCUGGCUAAAGAUUGAAUGGGUGGACUAUCGGCUGAAUUAUAGCAACAGUGAAUUCGAAGGGAUCCGCUCCCUGCGGGUCCCCUCCGACAUGGUCUGGCUGCCGGACAUCGUUCUGGAGAACAACAUCGACGGGCAGUUUGAGAUCGCCUACUAUGCGAACGUGCUGGUGUACCCCGGGGGGGCCAUGUACUGGCUACCCCCCGCCAUCUACCGCAGCACCUGUGCUAUUGAAGUCACUUACUUCCCCUUCGACUGGCAGAACUGCUCUCUUGUCUUCCAGUCCCAGACGUACAGCGCUAACGAGGUUGAACUGCAGCUGUCAAUCAAUGAGGAGACGGCCCGCCCCUUCGAUGAGAUUGAUAUAGACCCCGCAGCCUUCACAGAGAACGGGGAGUGGGCGAUCCGGCACCGGCCGGCCUGGAAGGUGCUGCACCCAGAGCUGGGCCGGGAGGCCCUGGGCUUCCAGGAGAUCCGCUUCUCGCUCAUCAUCCAGCGCAAGCCCCUCUUCUACGUCAUCAACAUCAUCGUGCCCUGCGUGCUCAUCUCCUCCCUCGUGGUGCUGGUCUACUUCCUGCCCGCCCAAGCUGGCGGCCAGAAAUGCACCCUCUCCAUCUCGGUGCUGCUGGCUCAGACCGUCUUCCUCUUCCUCAUCGCCCAAAAAGUCCCAGAGACCUCGCUCAGCGUCCCCCUCAUCGGCAACAGGUACCUGAUGUUCGUCAUGGGGGUGGCGACGCUGAUCGUGAUGAACUGUGUCAUUGUGCUGAAUGUUUCCCUGCGAACGCCGAACACCCACUGCAUGUCUGAGCAACUCAAACAUGUGUUCCUAGAGGUGCUGCCACAGUACCUGGGCUCGGCCCUGGAGCCCACGGGGGACCCCUGGGCCGCGCCCCCUGCCCGGCGGCGCAGCUCCUUCGCCAUCAUGCUCAAAGCCGAGGAGUACAUCCUCAAGAAGCCACGCAGCGAGAUCCUCUUUGAGCGGCAGGGGGAGCGGCAUGGGCUCAGCAGGACCCCUGCCUGUGAUGGGGUGGACGUGGGCAUCACCAGCACCUUGUACAAGAACCUGGCCAGUGCAGCCCCCGAGAUCCGGGCGUGCGUGGAGGCCUGCAACUUCGUCACAGAGACCACGAGACAGCAGAAUGCCAGCAACGCGGAGAUGGAGAACUGGGUGCUGAUCGGGAAGGUGAUUGACAAGCUCUGCUUCUGUGCUGCCAUCCUGCUCUUCACCAUCGGCACCCUCAGCAUUUUCCUCACGGGGCAUUUCAACCAGGUGCCCGACGACCCCUUCCCCCUACAGCCGGAUCUGUAGCCAGGACCCUGCCCACACCCGCAGGGGCCGUUUCCCGGUAUCGACACACGAUGAGAUAGCCAUGUGGGUGAGGGUGAUGUCUGGAUAGGAGCCCCCCGCCCCGCAGCACAGCACCUCCUAGCGCCGCACCGGGGCCAGCCCGGACCACGCAGUCUAGGAGCCUUGGCCCAGGGCCAGACGUACCCUGGGGAAGUCACUAAACUUUUGUCCACAGCCCCCUGUCCCAAGCAGCUGCAGGCACUGCUACAGAGCUGGGCUCAGAAAUGCUGCUGGUACUGGGGAGGGCCACUCCACCCCAGACACAGAUGCAUCUCAGCACCAGAGACCUGUAUAAACAACCGCCCCCCACACCAGACAGACGCAUCUUGGCACUGGGCGAAGGAUCCCUGUAUGAACCCCACCCCAGGCACAGACACAUCACAGCAUUACAUGAGGGAUCCCUCUAUGACCAGCCCCCCACAUCGCACCCCCGAGGCAGCUGCAUCUCAGCCCCACGCCUCUCCCCUCCAGACCAGUGAGGAGAUUCUGGGGACACAGAGCUCUUUGGCAGUAGCUCUAGUCCAAGCAUGUGGGGUCCGGACCUUGUCACAGCACCUGUGGGGAGAGUGUAGACGGGCCCUGUGGCUUCCUUCCUCUGGGCGCACCUUGCUCCCAGCUCCAGAGCAGGGCGCCCCUCACCUUCCUGGCCUGGCUGAUUGUGGCUGGUGCCCCAGGAGUGUGAGGUGAAUGUGAUCACACACCAGCUCGAAGUCGACUGCGCUGGGCUGGAGGUUAACCUGCGUGCCACCUAGGGUCACCUGCAGGCUCCGGCUUGGUGCCAACCACCUGGUGUCCCUCCCCAGCACCUCCCUGAGCCUGGGGUCGCUGCACACCGGCCCCUCACUCCAGGAGCUGAUCCUGUCCCACAACGCCCUGGGGGCGCUGCCCUCAGCCGCCUGGCCUUGGCUCACAACGGUAUCACGGAGCUGAUUCCUGGGGCUGGCUGCUGGCCUGCGGGACAACGCCCUGGAGCUGCUGCUGCUGUGGCUGUGAGCAAACCGCCCGCACGCUGCUCCAGGGGCAAAGCCCCCAUGGGACGUGCAAUCGGUUCGACCAGCCCAGGGGGAACCAGAGCCCUGCACGUCUCGUUAAAGCAAAGCAGAAGCUGGCAGAGGUAAACACAGAGCGUGCUGAGGGCGCUUGGUCCUGACAAGACCAGGCCAGCACUUUCACUUCCUUUUUGGCCACUCCAGCAAAUAAAGUCACACCUUUUAACGCAGGAGGCGUUUCCAGGCAUGUGUUUCUGAUUGAUAGGCGGGGCAGUGACUGAGCUGACCGGGGACUGCUGGCCAAUGGAGCGAGGAGGUGCGUCUCUCUCCAAACUCUCUGGGGCUGUGUGGACGGGUCCCUAAAAGGACUAGCUGAAACCAACCCAGAGGCGAGAACCGAACAAUUGACACCUCACAAGAAGAAAUUCCGCAAUCAGGUGGAAGAUGUGAACUCAGCAGCCAGCCUUUGGAGAGGGACAGGCCUCACCUGCGACAGAGAGAGAACCAAGAUGGCGUGGCCAAGACGCACUGUGCCCGAACCUGCGUGUCUCUAUACUAACGUCCGGUCGCUGCAGACACUGGCUGGGCGCCUGGGUCCCUGCAGAGCGGACACGGCUCUCGCAGGGCAGAGUUCGCCAAGUGAAGCCCUGAGGUGCAGGUGAUCCUUAGGCAUUGUGGGACCGCUUGGGGGUCUGACACACGGAAGGCGUUCUUCUGGGGCGUA